UGUAAAGUUUGUGUUCAAACAGUAAACAUGUUCAAGGCCGUGCUUUCUGUCUGCGCUCUUGCGCUCAUGGUACAGUCCAUUGCUGGCGCAUGCAUUGGAGAUGGUAUAUAUGGAGCUUACGGUGCUCUUGGUCCUUACGGAGCUUACGACGGCUUCGGUGCUUAUAGCGGCCUUUACGACGGCUUUGGAGCUUUCGGUGCUCGAGGUGAACUUGGAGUUCGUUCUUUAGCUGCUUCGAACGGUGCAGGACUGGCUGUAUCAAGCGCUUCCGCUUACCCAGCCGGAGUAUCCGUUUUAUCCGAAAACGCCAUUGAAGGACCUCUUGCAGUCACCGGCGCUCUGCCGUUCUUGGGAACGGUGGCUCUAGAAGGAGCUCUGCCAACUGCCGGGUCUGGUGCUGUCAACUACGGCUGCGGCAAUGGAGCCGUCGCCAUAUUGGCUGAGGACCUCGCCCCCGCUGGCAACGCUGGUCCACUCGGCUAUGGCAUUGGUGCCUGGGGUGCCGAGGGUUUGGGCUACGGUUCUCACGGCUAUGGAAUUAAUGGCCUGGCUGGACCGUUCCGUUCCGGAUGUGGAUGUGGUGCUUUAAUCUAAGAACUGGCUCUUGGUUGUUUGAAAAUAACGUGACAACAUCCUUUUAAAAUGAGUUUUAAGUCUCGAAAAUUUCAACGGAUACAAUACAAUAAAAUCCAAAUUACAUUAA